UACGGGAUCUCCAUUUACCUAUACUCGAUGGCAUGACAUUGGAUAGCCUUUUAACAACCGUGACAUUGCCUACCCGUGCUUUCGGCCUCGGGGUGUUCUAUCUGACAAAAGCGGUGCCCAGCGUGACAAUAUAAUGCGGGUCGUCCCAUGGCAGCAUCCAACACACUUUCCCCACCCUACCCAUCCACGAUAUGUGCGACGAUUCAAAGAAAAAUGCAUUUGAAACCAUACAGGGAUCUUUGGACUACGGAACUUUGCGACCAACGACGUCGGAAUGGACGGGACGUUACGAAAAGCACGUUCUAGCCUCUCUUAAACAGGCUAUCGUUACACCUGGCUACUGGCGUUGGGCAGAAACCAAACCGUCAUACUUGCCUCCCUGCUGGUCGUCUUUUGUUCAUCCUGAAGGCCAAAUAUAUUUUGCCAGGGACUCACCCCUUCGCAUAGUAACAGAGGCUUAUCUCUACAACCCAGAAACUCUGGCCAAAGUCCUGUAUUGGUCGAAACACAUCGAGUCCCUUGUCGAAGAGAAGGGUAUGCCGUUAUCCGAAAAUAUCGAGCUAUUCAUCCUGAUUGAAGAUGAUGGAUGUUCGUACUACUUCGUCAAUCAUGCAAUCCAGACCCAAUUUUGGCUGGAGCAAUAUGACACUACUGAACUUGGGAUCCCAGACGUAGCAUCAGAGUCUCAUCUGCAAAUCGCUCUGACUGAACUGUAUUGGAUCCACGUCGAGUAUUUUCCGAUGCACAUCGGGGGUCUUCCUGUCAAAGUAGUCGAUGACCUGUUGUCAAUAUGGUGCCACGGAUUAACUGAUCAAAUUACAUCUCAAACGUCGACGUAUCUUGGCCUCUGGUCACGGGAGGAAUGUUAUCAAUUAUUAGAUCUGCUAAAGAUUGCGAGAGAUAACAUGGCGGACGGUAAUCAAAUCUGUGUAGUCGCUCGACUUUGGAGGUCAAUUUACCAUCACAGAUUCCAGUCCCAUCACGGACAAGAAGUUGCUCGUCUCUCAAGAGACCAAGCAAUCCUUCACCAUCCUCUCCCUUCUCCACGACUCUCCACCGUCCUUUCGAUCUUGACUUUGAAUACUGCCACUCGUCACCACACCCAGUUGACGGAUACGUUUAUUGACCAGCUUGUCUACAAGUCUCAAUGGCAGCCCUUCAUAAGAAGGACCGUAGAAGAAUGGAAACGUGCGUCUUUUGAGGCGUUUUGCAUACUAUUAUUGCACAUCUUUUUGCUUCAUUUUCCAUCUUCAUCGACGCUUGGAGUUACAUCAGCCGUUCUUCUGGUUGCCAGCAUCUUGUCGUCAGCCUUGCUCAGACAUCGAUACAAUAGUUUGGAAGACGCUUCUGCCGGCGACAUCUAUACUCACCUGCACGCCAUGCGAUCCGAAAAAUAUGAUUUUCAUUUUGUGGCGCUCAUUUACAGCCUCCCCACAGCCUUCCAACUUUGGGGUUUGCUAUUAUUCUGCACGAAUGUGAUCUUGAUACUCAGCGUCUAUGUGGGCAUGUAUUGGGUUGUGGGCGCUACCGUCUUCAUCUCCGCGCUAGCUCUCAGCCUAAAUCGUACCACAAUAACUUCCUCGUUGUUUCAUCUGCGGAAUUUCCGAGGUAGUGGCGAAGAUUCGCUAGUGUGACGUCCGCAUAGUUUCUCUUAGAACUAAAAUCAAUGGGAACCAGCAUACCUUGUACACGUAUACCUGUCCUUGCGUCGCGAUACCCUAUGUAUCUAUAGUAUCAGUGUAAUAGUAUCAACAGCCUUUGACUUGUCUCUUCAUUCUGUGAUAUUCA